AUGCGCAUCCACGAGAGCGGAAUUGACCGCAGCCUCGACUCACCCACCCCGCCGAGUCCCACUUCCAAUUCAUCACCUUGUGCACCCGCAAACCUCUCCGCAACCGACGUCAACGCCACCGACUUUACCACCCCUCACCCCUCCCCUGCCUGCUUCUCUUCCGCCUUCACUGCCACAACUACGGCCGCUCCGGCGUCUGCCGCGCACGACAUCACCACAGACAUACCUGUCACAACAACAGGCAUAACCCCUGCAACCUAUGUCUUCAGAGGUGAGAACCAGGACUGA